UGCAUUCUCAUCGUCGUUCUUUGCGAAAAGGUUAGCUGUUUGCAUAUUGUUGAAAAACGUGGCUUUAAAUAACUGUCAUUAGAGUAAAAUAGCAAAUUUAAUUUAUUGUGCAAAAAAAGUUAAAAUAAAUUCAGCAAACAUGGCAACAAGAGGCCAAUCCCGGAGAAUACCCGAAUCGGAACCACGAAUUGAUUAUGUACAGUGCCAUGGAUUAGUGAUUAUGAAAAUGGUGAAGCAUUGUCAUGAAGAAUCACUGAGCAACAUGGAUGUUUCUCAGGGUGCUCUUCUGGGUCUUGUUGUACAAAACCGACUUGAAAUCACUAACUGCUUCCCUUUUCCAAAGAGCGAAGAUCUCAUGGAUGAGGAGGAAUACCAACUUAGUAUGAUGAGAAGACUAAGAAGAGUCAACGUUGAUCAUUUCCAUGUCGGAUGGUACCAAAGCGCAGAUGUCGGCAAUUUUCUAAACAUGUCCCUGUUGGAAUCACAGUAUCAUUAUCAGACUUCAAUCGAGGAAUCCGUGGUUGUUAUCUACGACACUGCAAAAUCUGCCCGAGGUUUCUUGACUCUAAAAGCUUAUCGUCUCACUCCACAAGCAAUUCAAAUGUACAAGGAAGGUGAAUUCACACCAGAAGCUCUGCGUACAUUGAAAAUCGGUUACGAGUCACUCUUCGUUGAGCUUCCAAUUAUCGUGAAAAACAGUAAUUUAACCAAUGUCAUGAUGUCCGAAGUGGAGGAAAUGAUACCCGAGGAACAGGGCACGAAACAUUUGGAUCUUGGCACUGCAACGGUCCUUGAAAAUCAAUUACGUUGCCUAAUGGAUCGUGUUGAUGAACUCAAUCAGGAGGCAAUUAAAUUCAAUAGAUAUCAGAGUUUGGUGAUUCGUCAGCAGCAGGAUAAGAAUAGACUUUUAUUGAAGAGAGCUCAGGAGAAUGCUGCCCGUGCCGCUAAGGACGAACCACUUCUUCCUGAUGACGAUAUUAAUAAAUUAAUAAGACCACUACCAGUUCCGGCGCGAUUAAAUCCAAUGAUCGUUGCUGGACAAAUCAAUACUUACACACAACAUAUUUCCCAAUUCUGCUCACAAAGCUUAGCUAAACUUUAUAUCACUCAAAGUCUCCAAUCUGCCAAGGAAUCAAAAUCAACAAAUUAAAAUUGUUUCAAUUUUUACUAGGACGACUUUUUUUGUAUUAAAAAAAAAAAUAAUCUACAAACUGAAAAGCGAAUUCGUUUAAUUAAAUAAAAAGAAUUGUCUUUAAAUAAAUCAUUUGAUAUAAAUAUGAAAUAAAUGUGUUUUUGAUCAUUUGAA